AUGGAGUCGGAAAUGGUUACCAUCAUCGGCUUCGGCUCGCUGCUCAGCAAGAAAAGCGCGCUCAUGACGACGCCCAGCAUGCAGGGCUUCCAGUACGUCAGGGUCAAAGGCUACCAGCGGCAAUUCGCUCACCCUGCUCCAAUCUUUUUCGAGCGUGGCGCAUACCCGGGCAUCGCGAAGCCUGACACCAAGGAGAUUGCAUCUUUGUCAACACGGCCGAGCUGUGAAAGCUCUUUUGUGGCAUGCGCGUACCAGAUUCCCAAGUCAGAGUGGGAGCCACUUGCUGAGCGCGAGGAGGAAUUUGAGUUCAUUGAAGCUGCCUUUGAGCCUUUGGAGAAGGACGCCCCUAGCCUGGGAAAGAACGUAGGCCUGAUGUGCACACGGUCCAAUGAUGACAAACUGAAGACUUUGCCCAUAUGGCAGAGGUAUGAGAGGUGCUUAAGUCCAUAUGGAGAGGUGAAGGUCUGGAGUUGGGAGCCGGACUCUGGAAUACGGCCUUGCCCUGUGUAUUGUCGGCACUGUGUCUUGGCGACGCAGAAAGAAGGAGUGCCUGAGUAUGUCUCCAAGAGUUUCCUUGAUGAGACCUUCCUGGUGGAUGGGAAAACCACUCUUCGAGAAUAUUUGGAGCACAACCCGCACGUGAUGCUCAGUGAGCCCCCAGAAGAGUUCCGAGAAAGAUAUUGUGGCUAG